CAGGUAUGACUGCCUCUCUGCAAAGCCCCGGGCCGGUGCUGCUGCUCUCCUGGACCGUGUUGCUGAUCAGCACUGCGGCUGCUUCCCAGAAUCAAGAACGGUUAUGUGCAUUUAAAGAUCCAUAUCAGCAAGAUCCAGGGAUUGGCGAGAGUCGUAUAUCCCAUGAAAAUGGCACUGUUUUAUGUUCAAAGGGUAGCACCUGCUAUGGACUUUGGGAAAAAUCUAAAGGGGACAUAAAUCUUGUGAAACAAGGAUGUUGGUCUCACAUUGGAGACCCUGAAGAGUGUCACUUUGAAGAAUGUGUUGUAACAACCACCCCUCCCUCAAUUCAGAAUGGAACAUACCGUUUCUGUUGUUGUAGAACAGACUUAUGUAAUGUCAACUUCACUGAGAACUUUCCACCUCCUGACACCACACCUUUGAGUCCUCCUCAUUCAUUUCAUCGAGAUGAGACAAUAGUAAUUGUCCUGGCAUCAGUUUCUGUAUUAGCUGUUUUAAUAGCUGCCCUAUUCUUUGGAUAUAGGAUGCUGGCAGGGGAUCGUAAGCAAGGUCUUCACAGUAUGAACAUGAUGGAAGCAGCAACCUCCGAGCCCUCUCUGGACCUAGAUAAUCUAAAACUUCUGGAGCUGAUUGGUCGGGGUCGAUAUGGAGCAGUGUAUAAAGGUUCCUUGGAUGAGCGUCCAGUGGCUGUAAAAGUAUUUUCUUUUACCAAUCGUCAAAAUUUUAUCAAUGAGAGGAACAUUUAUCGAAUUCCUCUUAUGGAUCAUGAUAACAUCGCUCGUUUCAUUGUUGGAGAUGAAAGAUUCACUGCAGAUGCAAGAAUGGAGUAUUUAUUAGUGAUGGAAUAUUAUCCCAAUGGUUCUUUGUGCAAGUAUUUGAGUCUUCAUACCAGUGACUGGGUAAGCUCUUGUCGGCUGGCACAUUCUGUUACUAGAGGCCUGGCAUACCUUCAUACAGAAUUACCAAGAGGAGAUCAUUACAAACCUGCAAUUUCUCAUCGAGAUUUAAACAGCCGAAAUGUUCUUGUAAAGAAUGAUGGAACCUGUGUCAUUAGUGACUUUGGAUUGUCCAUGAGGCUAACUGGAAAUAGACUUGUCCGCCCUGGGGAAGAGGACAAUGCAGCAAUAAGUGAGGUUGGCACAAUCCGAUACAUGGCACCCGAAGUGCUAGAAGGAGCAGUUAAUCUGAGGGACUGUGAAUCUGCUCUAAAACAAGUAGACAUGUAUGCACUUGGCCUAAUCUACUGGGAAAUAUUUAUGAGAUGUACUGACCUCUUUCCAGCAGGUGAAUCUGUGCCAGAGUACCAGAUGGCCUUCCAGACAGAAGUAGGGAACCGCCCCACUUUUGAAGACAUGCAGGUCCUGGUGUCUAGGGAAAAGCAGAGGCCCAGAUUCCCAGAAGCUUGGAAAGAAAACAGCCUGGCUGUGAGAUCACUGAAGGAAACAAUCGAGGACUGUUGGGAUCAGGAUGCAGAGGCUCGGCUUACUGCUCAGUGUGCUGAGGAGAGGAUGGCUGAACUCAUGAUGAUUUGGGAAAGGAAUAAGUCAGUCAGUCCAACAGUCAAUCCAAUGUCUACUGCUAUGCAGAAUGAACGCAACCUGUCACACAACAGGCGUGUGCCAAAGAUUGGCCCUUAUCCCGAUUAUUCUUCUUCUUCAUACAUAGAAGAUUCCAUUCAUCACCCUGACAGCAUUGUAAAGAACAUCUCCUUGGAACAUUCAGUGUCCAGCAGCACACCUCUAACCAUAGGCGAAAAGAACCGAAACUCAAUUAACUAUGAACGGCAGCAAGCACAGGCCCGGAUUCCCAGUCCUGAAACUAGCGUUACCAGUCUGUCCACAAACACCACCACCACAAACACCACCGGCCUUACUCCCAGCACUGGCAUGACCACCAUCUCAGAGAUGCCCUACUCCGAUGAAACAAACCUCCACGCCACAAACAUGGCCCAGCCCGUUGGGCCAACCCCCGUCUGCCUGCAGCUCACCGAAGAGGACUUGGAGACCAAUAAGUUGGACCCAAAAGAAGUUGAUAAAAAUCUAAAGGAGAGCUCUGAUGAGAAUCUCAUGGAGCACUCACUUAAACAGUUCAGUGGACCAGACCCCCUGAGCAGCACCAGCUCCAGCUUGCUUUACCCACUGAUAAAACUGGCAGUGGAGGUAACUGGACAGCAGGACUUCACUCAGGCUGGUAAUGGUCAGGCGUGUUUGAUCCCUGAUGUCCCACCUGCUCAAAUCUAUCCUCUCCCCAAGCAACAGAACCUUCCCAAGAGGCCUACUAGUCUACCCCUGAACACCAAAAACUCAACAAAAGAACCCCGGCUGAAAUUUGGCAGCAAGCACAAAUCAAACUUGAAGCAAGUUGAAACUGGAGUUGCCAAGAUGAAUACAAUCAAUGCUGCAGAGCCCCACGUAGUGACAGUCACCAUGAAUGGCGUGGCAGGCAGAAGCCACAAUGUGAACUCACACGUUGCCACAGCCCCGUAUGCCAAUGGCGUGGUGCCGUCUGGGCAGGCGCCCAACUCGGUGGCCCACAGAGCCCAGGAGAUGCUACAGAACCAGUUCAGCGGAGAGGACAGCCGGCUGACUAUCAACUCCAGCCCCGACGAGCACGAGCCUCUCCUCAGACGGGAGCAGCAGGCCGGCCACGAUGAAGGCGUCCUGGAUCGCCUGGUGGACAGGAGAGAUCGGCCCCUGGAAGGUGGUCGGACAAACUCCAAUAACAACAACAGCAAUCCGUGUCCCGGACAGGAGGUGCUUGCUGUUGGCCUUCAGAGCACGGGGGCAGACCCUGGGCAGUCAAAGCCCAGGAGGGCACAGCGGCCUAAUUCCUUGGACCUGUCAGCCACCAAUGCCCUGGACAGCACUGAUAUGCAGCUAGGUGAGUCAUCACAAGAUGGCAAACCAGGAUCGGGUGAAAAGAUCAAGAAACGUGUGAAAACCCCCUAUUCCCUUAAGCGGUGGCGCCCUUCCACCUGGGUCAUCUCCACAGAACCACUGGACUGUGAGGUCAACAACAAUGGUGGUGACAGGGCAGCUCAUUCCAAAUCCAGCACUGCUGUUUACCUUGCGGAAGGGGGCACUGCCACAACCAGGGUGUCUCAAGAGACAGGAAUGAACUGUCUGUGAAGUGUCUCACAAGCCUACCCCGAAAAGGACUUUUUUUUUUCAUUACUUAAAACAAACAUGCAGAAGACAUUGAAAAGAAAACAAAAACUUUAUCCUCCUGUCAGCUCCCCUUACCGAGGACUUGUUUUAAAUAGAUUUCAGCUAUGCAGAAAUUUUUUAGCUUAUGCUUCCAUAUUUUUAAGUUUUUUUUUUUAUGUUUUUGCACUUUUAUUUAGUCUCACUAAAGUUAAGUCUGUCUGUUAUGACCACAGAAUUCUAUAUAUGUAUAUCUAGAAGAGGUGGUCUCAAAAUAUUUUUUUAAUGUAUUUCUGAUAAUCAGUUUGGACCAUUUUCUAAAAGGUCACUAAAAUCAGAAGCAGACUCUAAGACAGGUUUGACUACAGUGGUGUCUUGUAUCCACGUCUGAUUUCUGUGCACAAGCUAGUAUGUAUGUUUAUACGUUCCUGAGUGUAUCUUUUGAACAUCCCUCUUGUGUUCUGUUGGAAUGUGCAAUAGUUUGAAGGCCACAGAAUGCCCGGUGUUUCUGACGUGGACACAGUUGUGUUCUCCCACAUGGUCGAUGCUAGUUAUUUUCUUCCCCAUCAAUUGGGCUGGUCAGAUUGUGUGACUGUGAACUUUGCAUGUUGUAGCCAGCCUCAUACUGCUACCUUGUCAUCUCAUUUCUAAGGUGAUUUGGAGAGUGCAUAAACCUUGCCACAAAGGGCCCUAAAUAGGGAAUCACAAAAUUUCAUUUGAAAUGCAGUUCUUUUUAACCUUCCAAAUCUGAAUACAUUUCCUUCCAGGCAUUUUAAGAAACCAUAAUUAGAAUAUUAAUUUUGAAAGUUCUUAAAAUAAGAGAGCAUUGAACAAAAAAUAAGAAAACACAAAUGUCAGCCAUUUUUCCUGUUUAUUUUCCUAUUUGCAUCUGUACUCUUUCCACAUUUAGUUAUAUUAGUAAUGUGUUAUAUAAGGAGUACAUUUUUACCAGAAAGCAUGAAGAGCUAACACUGUGAUGUAAUUUUUAAGUAGAUAAAUUGUUUUCUCAUCCCUUCUCUUAACAAUCAGUUCUUUAACUUAAGAGAGGUUCUAUUUCCUAGUUUGAAGAUGAAUUUUAAAAGUAAUUUUUAGUUACGGACCUGUAGUAUCUUGUGUAUUUAGUUCCCAAACAAAGCCGUAUGGCUUCAUCAGAAAAUGAUUCAUCUUCCUAAGACCUAAAACACUGUGUGGAAAAAUUAUUCCGUCAGCAUGCCAAAUGCCUGUGGCAGGAAGGAUUGCUGCCAAACCUGUCUGUCUUAAGCUGAUUGAGGCCGAACUUCUCUCCUUUCAAGUCAUCUCUUUUCUUUGCUUUACUUCUUACAUGGUUCCUCCCCCAUUAAAUACUUUUGCCCACUCUCCCCAUGGACUAUUAAUCUACAACUAGCAUAUGUGAUGUGCUGGAUGCCUUUUUCUGCCAUAGCAUGGAUGUGGCAUUAUUUGGGCUCUUAUUAGUUCUGAAGCUUCCCCUCACCUCCUUCAUUCCUUCUGAAACAUAUCUAAGCAGCCUCAGAAAUUAGAACACCUUUUCUUAAAUGAGGGAUGCCUUUCUUUCUAAGCACAAUUCUUUGAUAACUCAAUGUGUAUGAACAAUAACAAUCUAAUAAUUUUAUUUCUCCAUGUGGUCCUAGGGCUUUCUAUACAGUAGCUAAGUAAUUCCCAAAAUAUUGGUCCAAGGAUCUGCCUCCUGAACUGCACUGCAUCAGGCAUGGUACCUUCUCCAGAUGCUUCACCAUUUUUCCCAAGACAACCACUCUGAUAGAACUUUCCCUUGGAUGCUCAUUUCCUUCUUAAAUAUCCUAGCUGCUAUGAGCUUACAUCCUAGAAAUGGAAUAAUUGCAUCACAUUUUGGUUCUUUACAUUGAGUCCUUUGUCCCCUUUUUGGCACUAGCAAAAAUGCUAGUAAAAUGUCUCACAAGCCUACCCCAAGGCUUCCAUGGUUUGACAUUUCUCUUUAUUUGGACUUCUAUAGAUGUCUGUCAAGUUUCUGCUUACAUGUAAUAAGCUUGAUUUUUCUAGUGAUAGUAAUCUGUAUAAUGAAAUUAUUUGAAAAAAAUUUUCUUUAUUCUUCAGGAUUUAAAUUCAUUCCUCAGAGAUGUUUCAGGGAAUUCUUUUAAAUAAUGGAUAAGAUAUUCAACUCUCAUCCAAUUUGAAGUAUGUUUAAUAGUGGGGAAAGAACAUCUGAGCUUCACUUCAUCCUUCUCUUCCUGCCAUGACAGGAAUUAGUCUACAUUCUACUGUACUUUGUUUGGGGACUAAUUCUUUGUAAGUUUUCCAACACUUUAAUGCUUGAUGCAGUCAAAUGAUGUGAACAAAGUUUAUACACCAGAUUAAAAAACCUCACUAUAUUACUCAACAAAAGCCUAUUACAAUAGUUGCAUUUUUCCCCCUCUAUUUCUCUAGCAGUCUGUUAAAAAAAAAUAGGCAAGAUAGAAAAUGUGUUUCAUAAUAAAGCAUCUUAUCAGUAAAAUAAUUCUGAAAAAUUGUUUUGUUAAAUAGUCAUUGUUUCAAACUACUUAACUGCUUAAAUAUAAUUCUUAGUGAAACAAUUUUACUUUAACUGUUUUCUUUGUGGCUCUGCUACUGCUUUAUAGCAGUAGGGUAAAAUAUGUGGUUCUAAAUUCUGAUGUUUAACUGAUAUUGCAAACAUUGGAAUUUAGGAAAUAGUUUGAUCUUUUUUAGCAAAUAAAAUACUUAAGCUGAAAAUAUUAAAAUGUAGUUCACAAACCAUAGUAAACAAACUUUAAAGAUCUAAUAAGUAACCCAAUUCCAAAAUAGUACCCCUAACUAAAGUUAAACUAGAAUACCAAAAAUCAAUGGUUAAAAGUUUUUGUUUCAUUGUUUUUGGGAAAGGGCUUAAUUAUAAUUUAUGAGGAAACUAAUUUUCCUUUGUUAAUGGAUGGUUAUUAGAAGACAGGUAUAUCAUCAGUAGACUGACACUGUAAAAAAGGGAUUGUGCCAAUAUUAUAUAAACAAUGAUAAGGAUGUUCUGCUUGGUUGGAUGGAAUUCAGUCACAGGCAAGUGCAGGACCAGGUAUUUUGAUUAUUUUAGCAGAGUAAAAGCUGAGAGAUAAUCAGGCAACAGAACAUAAAAAAUAAAUGUUUGAAGUUAAUUUUCUCUAUUUGUAACUUGAAAAGAUAACUAAAAAGACCCCCUCAAAAUCGGUCCAAUACAUGCUACCAUGAGUUCCAAAAAAGACUUCAUUUCUGCUCUUUGCUAUUUUACAUUGUAGACUUAAAGCAAAAUUAUUUUUAGUAUAGUGGAAAGUGGAUUAUUGGUAUAAAGAAAUUUUUUGGUAAUGAUUCCAUGUUGAUAGAAAAAGCUUCACUCUUUUGUUAGUAUAUUUAAUGAGCCAAGUUCUAUUAAACAUUUGUUUCCUUUGGGAAAACAAUCUCCUUUUAGGGUGAGAAAACAUCAUUUUGUCAUUUUAGAAAACAAUACUGAGAUUGUAGGUAUAGUGUAUAGGAAGACUAUAAAGGAAUGUUAUGUCGAGUGGGUUUUAUAAGGCUGUUAAUUAAAUUUUAAUUGAUCUUAAAGUCAUCAAGAAUUGAUGUGGGAAACAUUUGAUUAAAUAUGUGUAAACAUGUAUACACAUGAGUGGAAGUUAUCUUAAAAUGGAACAAGAAGUUUAGUUGCCACUUUUAUUAUAGAAUGCUCAUUUGAAUGGCUUAAUAGCCUAAGAGCUAUGUGACAUUUCUAGCUGUGUGGAAACACACAAAUCAUUUUGGAGUGGACCAUGCUUAAGAUUCCAGUUUUGAGCUUAUGUGAAUUUUAGUCAAAACUACUUUAUAUGUCCUUUUUGUGGAUAUAAUCAAUAAAGAACUUAAACUGGUAAAUCACUGGUUGAGAUACUUAUCUGAAAAUAGAACCAAAACAGGGCUGUUAACCAGUUAUUCAAAAUUGAGCAAAUACAUGAAAAACAUCAGGAAAUAAUAAAAUUGGGAAGGCCAGGCCAAGAUGGCAAAUUUGAAGCAACCCAGCACAACUCUUUAAACAUUCCCCUUCAAAUAACUUUUUAAAAAUGUUUCAAAUCAAAAUUUUGGAAUGGCAGAGCGAACAAAUGGUCAAAGUGAGAAAUUUUUCCCAGCCUAAGAAAUCUUAAAAAGUUGUCAGGAAAGGUUUAUUUCAUCAGGUCGAAAUCUGUCUAGAGUCAGUACACAUGGCUGCUGCAGCAAUAGCAUUUUCAGGGGCUCUGUGCCCAGAGAGAGUGAGGGGGUGAGACAGCUGGCUAUAAAGAGAUUAUAGGGCACCUUUUAUUGACCUUUGGUACAGCUGGCACUGACUGAUAAUUCUAUUAUUCAUAAAUAGUUUGGAGUCACAGUUCAAGGGUGGAGAUGGGUUUUAAGUGUUAGUUAUGAGGGAGCAGGGACCCUGUUCACAGUACCAACACAGAGAAUACUAGCAUUUGGGGCUCCAGGGGACCAAAAGUUUUUCCUGGAUAAAGACCAAAACACAGACCAGAGAGCUAGGGCCCAACUCUCUCUAAAUUAUACCACAUUGGAAGCACCAGGAACUAGCAGAUUCCCAGAACUAGUUCUGGAAAUGGAAGCUUGGAACACUACUUCCUUUCCCCCCUUUUCACUCUUGGAGAGCAGAACCCAAUUUUAAAAUAAAGUUAAAAAUCAAGGAAUAAGCAAGGGAAAUGAGCAAACAACAAAAGAAUUUGAUCAGAAAAAGUGAACAGGGCUGUUAACUAGGUAUGGUGGCAGGGAUAGCUCAGGAGAAGAUAAUGAGGUGAAAACAAAGACAAACAAAUGCUCAAAGAAAAAUGCUAAUUGGACCCAAGCCCAGCAAUAAUUCCCAGAAGACUUAAAGAUGAGAGAAGAGUAGUAUAAAAAAUUGAGAAUUGAGAGUGAUGCAAGAAAAUUAUGAAAAGAGACUUAACAGCUUAGUAAAAGAGGCACAAAAACAAACUGAAGAAAAUAACACCUUAAAAAACAAAAUUGACCUAAAGGUAAAAAAGGCAUAAAAUUUUCCUGAGGAAUUCCUUUAAAAAAACAAAACAAAACAAACAAACAAGAAAAAAAAAAAAAAAACAGAAUUAGCCAAAUGGAAAAAGAGAUGCAAAAAUCUCAAGGAAAAAAUUCCUUAAAAAUUAGAAUUGAGUGAGGGGAAACGAAUGACUCCAUCAGAUAUCAAAAGACAAAACGAAGUCAAAAAAAUUGGGAGGGCUGGACCAUCUAGCUACUUGUCCAUUUAAACCAAUAUUGGUCUUGUGUAAUUCUUGCUCUGAAGAAUGAGCUACAGCACUCUCUUUUUCACAUGUCCAAUUUUUAUCUUAUAGAAAUUGCUUCUUAUGCACUUUAUAAGCUUUCUGCUUCCUCUCAAAUACAUUUCUUCUCUCCCAAUAGAAAAUGGAUACAAUCCUCUGUUAUACAAUCCUCUAUGUUAUCCUUUCAUACCGUUGAAAACUUAUGUCAGUCCAGAUAUGUGUUUCCCAGACUGUAUUUUCCUAAUUCCUUUAGUUUUACUUCCUACCUUCAUAAUCAUUUUUAUUCAUAUUUUUAAACAGCUAAAACAGAAUUAUAACAUUGAGAUAGUCCCCUAGGUGAAUAGGUAUAGAAAUUGAAAGCAAAGAUUGCAGAACAUGACAAAAGGUUCAAUUAUGAUGCUAUUAGCAAAUUAGCCUUUGAAAAUUGGGCUUUAGACUGGAUUAUCCAACACUUUGUAAAUUUCAACUGUUUAAUGUCUAAACGUUCCCACCAAUUAAAAGUGUAAAGCCAUGCAUGAAGAGUUGUACUUCUCACUAGCUUGCCAUACUUUGUUAUUAUUUUAACUAUUAUUGCAGCAAGCUUUGUAUCAUUGUAAUAAGUGUCAUAAUAAUGUUGUAUAGGCCUCUUUCUAGACUAUAAUAUUUCAUACACUAAAUGCUACAGAUUCGAUUAUCAAAUAGAUAUAUGCUAUACUAAUUAAUUAUCAACGGUGACAAUUUUCAUAGGCCGCUUUUUAAAUGUACAUAUUCAUUGCAGCAUAGAUUAGAUUGUGACAACCAAUUUCCAUUCUUUUAAUUUCUUUAUGAAUUCCCUUCAGCAGCUGGUUAAAGCUAAGUUAUUUCCACAUGCAAAAAAAAAAAAAAAAAAAAGAUAGAAAUUCAGUUGAUAGCAUACCUAAAAGUAAACAAGUCAAAAAAUCUAAGCUGUAUAUUAAAGUUAUGCAUAAAUGACAUCUAAAAUUUUUAAAAGAUUACUUGAACAUUUAAGUUCCGUUAUUGUUAUGAUGUUCAUAAAGUUAUUAUGAAUAUAUUAUAUACAGGUUUAUUUUUUAAACCCAAUUUUAAACUUAGCACCUAGAUUUUAAAUUCUUUGGGGGAAGAAAUUUAGAUUAAAAUCAUAUUAUGUAGGGCCUCAAUUUAGGAUUGAAUUUUUUAAACAUAACUUUUAAAUUAUAUUUUCAGAUAAUUUAUCAUUUUUUUGCCAUUUAAUUUGCACUUGUAGAUUUCAAAAAAACAAGUUGUUUUAGACUUUAAGCAUCUUGCUUAAACACUCAGGGCCCACCCUGUCCCUUUGCACACUGCGGACUUCAGUUGUUAGCAUUUAGACAGUUGGGUCCAGUCUCAUACAGAAGUGUAAUCUGUGUAUUGCACUUACAUUCAUUUAAUUUACAUAAUUACAUUGUGUAAGAGAAGAGAUUCAUAGAAACUUGUCUGGUCAUAUAUAUAAAAGGAUGGUUCUGAAGCAAACAAACCUUCCAGACUAAUUGUCUACAUGUUGCUGCACAGUUAAAUAAUGGCCUUCUAGUGGAAAUACCAUCUUCAAAGCUAAUAUAACCCUUUGAAUUAAUGAAUAUUCAGGUUGGCUUGAGUGGAGGAACUCACCUAUGUGGUAGAAUUUUCUCAGUAAGUAACUUCCUUAACCUUAUAAAACUUUUUUCCCAAAACAUAAAUCAACAAAUCCAGAAAUAAUUUAGAAGUCCAACACGAAACAGCCCAACAUGGUAGCAUUCUUCUAUCUCUUCACAUUGUUGAGCCCUGCAGGAAUUUGCCAAAUUACUCUCCUUCUAUUGCUUUUAAUUCAGACUUGAGUCUGCAGUUCAGUUUUGUUUUCUAAAUUAUCAGGCAUGUUAAGACCCAAAGCUAGGCGUUUCACGUACUUAAAAUCCUGCCAGUGAAGUAGUCUGAAACCCAAUCUGUCAUCUCAGGCAAUACAUCUCAGUAUCAUUUAAAGAAAACUAGCACCCUCCCCACAAAAUGUUUAACUUUGAGGGACUGAAGGAACACAAAAGACCUAAAAAAGAUACAUUUCAAAGUUAAUUCAGCCUACAUUUUAACUUUGAAUAACCUGGCUUAUGUGGCUUCUUUUUUUAAUCACACAUUUAUUUAUUUAAACAGUUUUGUAUGCUUUUGUCUUUUCAUUUUCCUUAGAUAAUGUGCUGCAUAGAUGUUUGUAUAAGCCGGAAUCAUUCUUAGAUUUCAGUUGGUGACUUUUUCCACAUGACUAUAUAUAGUUUACUGUAAAAUACACUAAUUUCUAGGGUUUGGUGUUUGUAGAAGCUGAAACAUGGAGAUACAUAGCUGCCGUGGUUAUUAGAAAAGGACAGGAGAAAUAAACUAGAGAACAUUCAUGUCUAAGUAUGCUUUUCUGGAAAAGACUGUAAAAAAAAAAUCAGUCUCCUCAGAACCCUCUUGUUAACGGGUAUUUUAUGUUGGUGUGUUUCCUCUUAAAUUGAUGUCCAUUCCUCUAAAAUUAUGGAUGGAAUAUCAUGUAUGAAUUUAUAAAUAAUUACUUUUAGUUACUUUGCUUUUGUAUAAGCUGUCUGAUAUCUUGCUAUGCUGUAUAAGUUGUGUUUGAUGGAACAGUGUGAGUAUGAAAUAUGAAAUAAAGCAAAUUACUUUUCUUUUUUUAUCAAUUAUGGAUGCCACUAUGAAAGCUGACAUUAAGCCACUACAGAGUUUUCUAUGAAUACUUGUAAGUAAACGCUUUGAUAUAUAUAAACCUAAAUAAAAAAAAGAUUGUAUUGAUACAGAGGCAUUGGAUAAGAAAAUUUUAAGACAAUUCUUUAGGUUUAAAAAAGGCUUGCUGUAAAAUGGUGCAUUACUCCAUUUAUUAAAGAUCAUAUUAAUGACA